UAUUUGUGUACUUGGUAUCUCUUGCAGAAGAAUGCGGUAUUACAGACAGGUCUACCCGUUCCGUACCUUCUUUCAUUACAACAACGCCCUCUACACCCUGGCCGGGCACGUCGCUGAGAGGCUAACAGGGCAGUCCUACGAGGCCCUCUUGCGGGAACGGAUAUUACAGCCGCUGGGAAUGGACGACACAGUGUACCUGGCAGACGCACUGGAGGAUGGGGGUUUCUCCAACUUUGCUCAAACGUACUUGACCUAUAACAGAACAGGCCAUUCGAUACCGUACAGUGAAGAGGAGUUCAGGCCUCUGAAGUUACAUCUACCGGCAGGGGGCGUGGUGUCCAACGCCGUGGACAUGGCCCGGUACAUGAAGUUCCACCUCAGCGGGGGGAGGGACACGGUCGGCCGCCUGGUGGUCCCGGAGGACAACUUACGUCAGACCCACACUGUGAAUUUCGUCUCGCCCCGGAAAAGUGCCCUCGACAAGUUGGAACCUGACUGGCCGGUGGAAGCGGGGACGACGCAAGGCUAUGGAUUGGGAUGGGGGAUCGGCACCUAUAGAGGUACUUGCAUCCUUUUUCUAGGGUAACGUCACAUGUCCAACCCAGGCCCGGUCGGGCUGUAUGUGGAAACGAAAAAUAGAAAAUUUCAUGUAUACGUAAAAACAUACACAAAUUUUGUAUCAUACUUUUCGUUCCGAAAGGAUGCCCUGUAGGGCCCGGUCUGGUAUGUGACGUAGACCUUUUAAGCUACUGGCAACAAGUGCCUGUCAUUAAGUGUUUUAACAUAGCUUGAAAUCACGGUUAACGGUUAGACUCAUUUCCAUGUAUACAUCGGCUGUACGUAGGGAACAUGUCUUUUCGGACUUAGUGUCAGUGUAGAUUUCUGUACCAAGAAGCAAAUGUUCAUAACCAGCACCGAAAAUAAUAAAGUCUCCACCCAACGUAAGCGUGGAUUCAUAAAAAGUUAAAGUCUACGGAAAAACAUUGUUUCCUGGUUGUAAAAUGAACGAAUAUAUGGUACGUCCUUGUUGUGACAGUGACAAUUCUUUAUAACAUUGCAAGGGGAGCUUCUGUUGUCCAAUAUUUUCACCGUGUUACAACAACCAUUACUACUUCAAAGUUGGGAACCAAGUUAUUGCCUUCGCCAGAAUGGCAGAAGGUUAUGCAAACUGUUGAGCCAGGGCUUUUUGGGUCUGUAUGUAGGUCAACAGCAUAUAACUUAAGAAGUUGUGAAUGGAUUUUGAUGAUAUUUGGUAGGUGUGUAGCAGUUGUGUAAAGGUUAGUCACGUUUGAAAAUGGUAUACCUGGUGUUUUCCUACUGGUCCCCAGGGAACUUUGUACGUAAGUGCGUUUGGCUGUAAACAGCAUAACUCGAGAUGUUGUUGAUGGAUAUUAAU